GUCAAUCCGUAUACAUUAAAAAUCUUUUGCAAUCAUGUGACUGUGGAACAUCCGAUGUAAACACAAAAUUAUUUCCGUUAUCAUGGAAGCUGUUGUUGGUGAGGUUGUUGCCCCAGAGGAUCUAGAGAAAUUUGAGAAGAAAUACAAGGCAGAGUUAUCAAAGGGUUCUGUGUCUAAAGACACGCAGUUCGAGUAUGCGUGGUGUCUGAUCAGGAGCAAACACCCGGAGGACAUCAAGAAGGGAAUAGUGCUGCUCGAUGAACUUGUACAUAAGGGUACCAAGGAUGACCAGCGGGAUUACCUGUUUUACUUGGGUGUUGCCAACUAUAAGCUCAAGGAAUAUGAGAGGGCUUUGAAGUACAUUAAGACUUUACUGAGGAAUGAACCAGGAAAUUCUCAAGCUGAAGAACUGGAGAAACUCAUUGAUAAAGCCAUGAAGAAAGAUGGGCUGGUUGGAAUGGCAAUUGUUGGUGGCAUUGGCCUGGGUUUGGCCGGAUUGGCUGGGCUGAUUGGUUUAGCUGUGGCUAAGAAAUCUGCAUAACAGGAUGAGGCGAGCCAAAUCAUCAUGCUUUGCAAAUUAGAAAAAUAUUAAUCCCUCUUUUAGGUUUGGAGUCAUCAUAAUACUGACAGUGAACCGAUUAACUCGCUGAUGCCUUAUAUAUAUAUAUAUAUAUAUAACUUAUCCUCCAGAAAAAGCCAGUGCUUUUUAAAGUCAGAAACACUUAUAGCAAAACAGAGCUGCACCUGUUCACAUUGCUCUUAUGAAAAAUAUCUUUUCUUUUUUUGUCACAAACUGUAUAAAAGGGAUUUAAUGAUAUAGAAUUGUUUAACUUAUUUAUUUUGUAUUUUUAUUUGUAUUAUGCUGUUUAUACUUUGUAUUUUUAAAAAUGUCCUGUACCAUCACUGAGCAUGCAAAAAUAUAGAUAUGCGUCAGCAGCUGUAAUGGAAAAUUGAUUUUUAAUUUUCAUUAAUUAUAAACUUGACACCCCAUUAACAUGA